CUCGAUGCGAGAGUCAUCUCUCUAUGAGCUAUCCAUUUCCUGAACUGCAAGAGCAUAAUGGAGCUUAUUGCACAGGCUAGUAGUAAUUGUGAACCAGGCGGGCAUGUUCACAAGUUCUCCGCAUACAAUUUUCAAGGAUUCUACAAUCGAGAAAGGGGCCUCGCCAAACUCAAACCUACGAUCGAGUUUAGACAACACCAAGGCACAAUGAGCCCCAAUGCUGUCGUCAAUUGGAUCGAAAUUGUCGUCGGCAUCGUGGACUACAUCCGAAACAUCGACUACGCUUCUCUCACCGACCUCCUGCAAAUGGUCGAGCACGAAUCCUGGGAGAAGCUCGGGGAUGGCAAGGACAUUGAGAGAGAAGCGAGACUUGGACCGAUCCUGGCAGAGUCAAAGUUCACAAUUAUCGAUCUCCUACUUGAGAUGGGGCUCUAUGGCCCAGCAAAAUAUUAUCGAGAUCGCUGGAGGAAACUCGCGAAGAAACCCCCAUUCCCGAUCUCUCCAAAACCCGAUAUCGAGUGGGAGUUCCAUAGCACCGUCGACCCGGAAUCAGACGAAUACAAGCGCUUGCAUCGCUUACAGGAGAACUGGGAAGCAGAUCGCAUUGCUUCUGAAGCUCAGCCUCCUGGAGGAUGGAAGUUUGAUCCGGAUCAUCCUUCAUGGCCUCGUCAUCACUAUAUAGAACCCCAAUCAAAUCAUCCUUCAGAUCAUUCUGAUGCAGGAUCAAAUUCAAAUAUGGGAUGCUGUCGCGGCGCCAAGGGUGAAAUCGAAAAGGGUGAAGCAGGAGACAAUGUAUUGGCCUGGAUUCUUGAUCAAUAUUCCGUCCCUCCGCCAGCUCACACCUCAGCACCCGCGCGUCAACUGAGCGCGGUCCUCGAAGAAACGGAAGAAGAACUGGACGCCGAGUACGCGAGGCUUGAUUUUGGUAAUACUUUCAGCGCAUUCAGAGCACAAGAUGGCCGUGGUAUCGAAAACGAAGAGGCCAACUAUCCCAGAACGUUUCGUACUCUAACGCUAAGCUCCGAAGAGGCGGAAGAAGACCUUGAUGCAGAGGAAGUGGAGAUUGAUAGGCAGCUUGCUGCUUUCGAACCACAAGCUGGCGCAAGUGUCGGUCAGGAGGAUAGGCUGUGGAGGGAGAGAGUCAGAGACGGGUUUGAGGGUGAGGUGAUAGCUUAUAACGGAGAUGGGGAGAUUCCGGAGGGAAGCAUGAAUCCGUUUGAUGAUACGCUGCCUAGGAUUAGGGGGGGCUGGGCAGCUCCGUCUCCGGAAGUGUCGCCGAAGACUAAGCCGCUGGUUGAAGAGUAUGAUAGUGAUGGGGAGAUGCUGUUUCCAUAGGUUGUUAGUGAUUAACCUCAGGUCUCACACGGCCAGUGGCACGUUGCUUAUAAUCGCGAAG